AUGCCAGCACCUCCCAAUCUCACAGCGGAACAGAUAGCUAAAGCAGCUGAAAGGAAGGCAGCGAAAUUGGCCAGGAAGAAGGCUAUAGCGGAUGGAAAAGUAGAGUUGAGUGAGGAGCAGAAACUAGAGAUCGAGCGAAGGAAAUUCCUGAAGCGGGAUUGGGUGUCUGUGGGAUCAAGCUCGAAUCUGGAAGCAAACGCACCAAAUGAGGAUGAGACGGGGAAAGGAAAACUCAAGAUUGUUACUUGGAACGUAUUGGCUCAAACACUAGUUCGCAGAGAGCUGUUCCCCGGGUCCGAUUGUCUACGAUGGUCAGACAGACGAGCAAUGUUGUUAGCAGAACUGGAACACCAUUCUCAAUCAGACAUUAUAUGCUUGCAAGAAUGCGAUCGGGUCAAAGAAUAUUCUUCCUCCUUCCCCCAGCACACUUCCGUUAAAGGUUCCGGUCCAGGUAAACUCCACGGCUUGGUAAUUUUCUACCGCACAUCUAGGUUCUUCGUGCGAUCAAGUAAGCUGGUUCACUUGGAUGAAGAGGAGAUAUCACCAAGUGAUUCGAAGGAGACAGGAGAAGACGGAAAGAGGCGGAGAGGUGGUAGCAGGCAGACUAAGAAUGUUGGAUUAAUCGUUGCUUUGGAACAAAUUGACGGGGAUGGAAAGGGGAUCGUGAUCACUACCACUCACCUCUUUUGGCAUCCCAAAUACGCCUAUGAGCGAGUCAGACAAUCUAUCAUCAUCCUACGUAGUAUACGUCAAUUUCAAAAGGAUAACGAUUGUAACUCAUGGCCAGCCAUCUUCGCAGGAGACCUUAACACUCAACCCUCUGAAGCCACAUAUCAGCUGCUCGUCUCUCCUCAUACUCCCUUGCCGAAGAGCAUGAUCGAUGAAAUAUCUUCUUCGAGACUGGUUCACGAUAGCGUAGCCAAGAUCUCGCCCUCCACGAUUACAAACGUCUCUGAAGUCCCUUCAACCACAGCUACGGGAAGUAACACACCCACAAUCAAAGAAGACGAAGAAGGUGAAGGUGAAGGGGAACUGCCAGAUAAUAACGAGAAGAGCAUUGCCAACACUCGUACACCACAAGCGAAUGAUGGGAUAUUACCAGUAGGAGAAUUGGUCAAAUCUAUGCAGGAGAUCUUACCCGAGGGGGGAGCAAGGAGUGCUUACGAUUCUACUGAAUGGGGAUCCAAAGUGGACAACCAGGAAACAUUUGGGCGAAGAGGCGGAUUCGAACAUGUGAAUGGGGAUCAAGUAUCAGGAAAGGAAGAACCGUCAUACACCUGUUUCACACCUUUAUUCAGGUUGACGUUGGAUUAUCUCUUACUCCUUCCCGCUCUUCCCGGUCAUAGUCCGGCUGUGAUCACAUCGAUAUACGCACCACCAAAGAUAGGGCAACUAGGUGAAGGUCUGCCCAGGAAGGGGAUUUGCGCGAGCGAUCAUUUGGCUGUGGGAUGUGAGAUCUCCUUUUGA